AUGGAAGGCGUUGACUUUAUGGCGUUACCUAACAAACAAGGUGCAGAAGAAGUUGUUGUCGCUACCUUUUACGCUAGCUCUCACGUUGAUGCAUUUCGUGCUUACCAAGAUGAUCUUGAAAAACAAGGUCGUCAGCUCAGUCAAAUCGAAAGGAUGCUUGAUUUCUUCCGUGGUAAUCUUGCACAGAAGUACGAGAAAAAAGAAUAA